GCCUUCGUCUUUCUCUCUCUCUCCUUUCUCUCUGUAGCUGCGUUGUGUAUCUGUCCACAUCCAGUAAAUGGACAAAAGCAGCGCCUCCUUCUGUUCUUCUUCCCUCUCCUCCUCCUCCUCCUCCUCCUCAGGUUCCUCUACAUGAACCUACCUGUCUCCACAGCGCCAUUCUCCCAUCUCACGCACUGAAUCCCCCGGAGGAGGAAUAGAAGCCGUAACAUGAAGAAACGCUGCAUGGACAUCGGCAAGCUGCGGAAAAUGAAGAAGCUCAAACUGACAGAGAAGCUCUCCGAGAGUGCGUACUCUUUCCUGAAGUUCAUGAUAGUCUGGAUCCUUGUGCUCUUGGCUGACUUUAUUCUUGAGUUCAGACUGGAAUAUUUAUGGCCUUGUUGGCUCUUCCUUGGAACCGUCUACACCACAUUCCACUGUCAUGGACUGGCUAUCUGUGUCGUGUUUGUGUGUGCAGCGUUUACCCUGGACAUAUUCUGCUUAAUUUUUGUACCUCUACACUGGCUUUUUUUUGCUGCCAGCACAUACGUCUUACUCAACUACAUAUGGCACACAGAGAAGGGCAUCUGUAUGUCCACUGUGACCUUAUGGAUUCUCCUUGUAUAUACGGAGGCCUCUCUCAGGUUGAGAGACCUUAAGAAUCCAUAUGCCAACCUAUCUCACCUGUUUGCUGCACACUGCAUUGGGUAUCCACUGGUGUACAUGGGAUUUGAUGCAACAUGCUACUUUUCCAGCAUCUUUAAACUUCGCACUCAAAAAGCAGUUCAGAGUGACAGUGACUUGCACAUGCAUCUCCUACAACAGUCCCUACCUCCAUACUCACAACUCUACCCAAAGCUGGGAGUGGAAGAUUCCAAAUGGAGGACCAAACCAGGGCCCAUGCAAUACCAAUGUCAAAAUGAUGCCAUCGUAUCGGAGGACAAGCAGGACCUGGAGGAAUGCUUCCAGCUCCGCAGACUUCAGGGCAGGGCUGAGAAAGACUCUGGGGACACAAAGACACUUAGAGACCCCAACCCUCAGCCUCCGGUGUCCAAGCCACAUGGAGCUUCAGCGCCUUUGCCCGACAUCCCUGAAAACCUACCUCAGGAGGACUCGAGUGGUAAAGCUCAGAAAGCCUCCAAGACCUCCCAGGCUAAAGUGCAGAGGAGCUCCAUGAGCAUCAGUACCAGCAAAGGGGAGAGGAAGCAAAAACCUCCCAAAGCCAUCAGCUCCAGUGCAGAUGCAGCAGAAAGAAACACAAACAUCCAGAGUCUUCAGAAUCCUCAUGCUGAACAAAUAUCUAAGCUGGAGCAAGAAAUGAGAAAACUGAAGAUGGAGCUGCAGACGAGCCAACAGAAUGAGCAGGAGCUACGCAGUCACAUCUGUAAUCUCACCAACAGCGAGAACAGCCUGCGGCCUGAAGUCUCACUGCUCAGACACGCAAACGAACUUUUGCAGAACAAGCUUCAGUAUCUGACAAAAUCCAGGCAGAAGGACAAACAGAACUGUGCCAUGUUGGAGAAGAGAGCCAGAGCAGAAACAGAGAGCAGAGUGGCGACAGAAAAACAACUCACAGAAGUUCGAUCCCAAAAAUUCGAUGAGGCGGCGUUUCUACUUCGCAGCGCACCAAACAGGCAGGAACACACUGAAACGCAGCUGUUAAGGAAAAAAGCUAGAGAUCUAGAGACAGAGUACAAACAACUACAGCUGGACUAUCAGGGGAAAGAGAAUCGAGUGCUAGCUCUAGAAAAAGAAGUGGAGAGUCUCCAGAAGCACAAAUGCACAGAGCAGGAAGCUGACGCUUUACUCUCAGCGCUCUCCUCCUUGCAGGACAAAGCUCAGCACUUAGAGUACAACCUGAGCGCAGAAACCCGCCUCAAACUGGACCUGUUCUCUGCUCUGGGGGAUGCCCGGAGACAGCUGGAGAUAGCCCAAGUUAAACUUGUGAAGCAGGACCAGGAGAUCAAGGAAAUGAAGCAGAAGAUUGCUGAGGUUAUGGCAGUUGCUCCAGGUAUGUCCUACGUAGCUCCACGCUCAGCCAUGCCGCAGUACCUCAAGUUCCUCAACACGGAGCGCUAUGUCCUGAACCCCCGAGGGCUCAUGUACCAGUGUCUAAAGAAAUAGACACAGUGACCUGAGACAAAACGGAGGCCUUUUGUUUUUUUAAGCUGUUUUUGAUCAGCUCGUUCUUACAGUCCAAACGGAAGGCAACACAUUUUGUCUUGACUGUCUGUCAGGCAUGUGCCUGGGCUUCCCUGACAAUGCCAGCAGCCUCCAGCAAGCUUAGAGAUGUGUCAAGUUUACAACUUUGAGACAGUGAGGAGAUUUUAGAUGACCUUUCUUGGAGCCAGUGGUUCUUGAGAACACAAAGCUGAUUGUACAACUGAUUUGUGGUGCUACAGAAGUAUACAGACGAAAGCAACUCUGACCUUUUUUAAAAUUUUAACACAGGUACCUCCAGACUUGCUCUUUGUAACAGCAAGGUGCCAUUCAGAAAAGGUUUUCACUUGUCAGUCUGUGGAAAUUUUUAAGAUGUGCUUUGUGAAGACCACCUAAAUCACAGAGUCCAACUGCAGACCUGGAAGGUUGAGGUACAGCACAAUUUGGUGAUUUGUCUGAUCAAACGGGCCUAAAUCAUCUCUGCAAUUAAAGGGCCCAUUUCAUUGAAAAUCAAUAUAGUUUGUAAACAUGGAUUGAAAACAUACCAUUCACGCCUCAGUCAAUACAGACAUUAAAUGUAAAUCCAUCCAUCCAUCCAUCCAUUUUCUAAGCCGCUUCUCUGUCAGGGUCGCGGGGGGAUGCUGGAGCCUAUCCCAGCAGUCUUCGGGCGGAAGGCAGGAUACACCCUGGACAGGUCGCCAGUCCAUCGCAGGGCUAAAUGUAAAUCAAGCUGUAAAACAACCCAUUUCAAAUUUGUUGUCUUCAUGAUGUCAUGAAAAUCAACACAUUUACAUAUUGCUGCUGUUGCAACAAAACCUCAAAGUAAUACCAAAAUAAUAACUUUACAGGAGAUGGAAAAAAACUUUUUUUGAAGAAAAGCAAGUCAAUAAAACCAGACUUUUUUCAGGUAAUUUUGGGCUGUUUGUUUCCAUCAUAAAAGUUACACACAAUGUAAAGACCAACAAGCAUUUUCAAAUUAUGUAAAAACUCGAAAAACGGCCAUGUGUUUGUUCUGAUAGCAGCAAUUUAUAUAAGCUCUUUGAGUCUACAACAGGUUAGCCCAGCCCACUCACAUUGAAGUCAUAAGUGGGUACUUCAGCCUGGACUGCUUUUUGAAUAAUGUGGGUUAUAGGGCAGCCAGUAAGAAAAGAGGUCAUAAUACAUGCACCUGUGUUAGUCUUAAAGACACAGUUACAAUAAUAACAGCUAAUCUAAGGAAUAAUGAGAGUUUAGAAAAUGUAAAAAAGUGUUAUGGCUGUCUUUAGGAACAUGAAUCCACACAUACUGCAGGAAACAGGACCUCAGGGAAAAAAUAAAAUGCCAGAAAAAAGUAGGAUCAAGGCUCUUUAAUGACCAGUAGGGCUACACGAUAUGGAUGAAAUGCCAUAUUAUGGUCAUAUCGUAAUUACAGUAUGCCUUACAAUAUAUUAAAACACACAUUUGUGAAUCUUUCACAUGACAUGGCAGCCUGCACUGUUCUACUGUAAUUAUUUAGAUUUGGUGGAUCAUGUGAAUGUAUUAAUUUUUCCAAAGCGCCCAUUGAAACCCAUUUAAAACCGAAUGCACACAAAUACAUUUAGUUAAAAUGUUCACAAAUAAAUUUGGGCUCAUUUGCAUAGUGUAGUCUUCUUUACAGCAAAGGCGAAUAUUGCGAUAAUGAUUAAACAACAUAUCAUGCAGCCUUAAUUAGGUGUGUUUGUACAGAGACAUCACCAAACUGCUCUAGACUACGACCCUCCAGGACUAGGGCUGGGUAUCAUUUAAAAUUUCUGAUCUCAACAGCAAUGCCUUGAUUUGGGACAGUGAUUCCUGAAUGGCAUUAAACUUUUCCUGAUUCCUUCAUUAAAUAUAACAAAAUGAAAGUUUGUUGCUGAACUCAGAAAUGAGUACAAAGUGCUGCAGGUGGGUACUGACCACAACAGAUUAGACAAAUCAAGAAGCACUGACGUUAACUACAUGCUUAAGGGGUGUAAUCUAAAGAGCCAGUCAGGAGUCUAGAUUUCAGAACAAGCAUGUUAUUCAGUUGACAUUUUAUUUUGAGUGGUCCUUUUAGAUGAAACAAGGACUCAACUGACUCUCAGUAACAUCAAAAACAAAUGAGGGUUAAGGUUGGGUUUUGGGUAACGUUAGUAACAUUAACAAUACAUCUGUUUAAUGUAAGUAUCAACAGAAAAAGAUAUCUUCAGAUAUGUUGAUGUGUUACUGAUAAUCUGUUGAGGUUAUUAAUCUACAAAGUACUCCAAAUAAAGUGUUACUGUUAGUUGGCCUGCGGCUGCUGUUGAGAUUGCUCGGGUAUUAAAGUUUGGUAUUGUUUAAAACAGACAUUUUUGAUACUUGAUAGUAUUGCAUUCCUUUAGUACCAUAAAAGUACAGAAUUUUGAUACUCAGUCCUAUCUAGGACCACAGCUGGAUUCCCCUGAUCUUGAAUAUAUGCUAAAGUUCAGAGGCCAUGACUAUUUUCAUGACAAGAACAGCCCCAGUGGCUCAUGAAGUGAUGUUGUGCCUCAAUACAAUAUUCAAACUUAAACAGACUUCAAUUCUAUAAAAAGCCAAUACCUAUUGUCAGUUAUGUGAAUAUAAGUGCUUUGUACGGUUUUGUAUUCCUUUUUACAUUCUACACAUUGUAAAGGAUUUGACUCCCAAAAAUGUUUGUAGGUUUUCAUGUUUAUGGACCUGUUGCCUUUUUAUGUGUCAAUGGGGUGUUUUUUUAAUGAGAUAUUUAUUUUUCUGGCUUGAUGUACUUUUUCUCCCUGAAGCAAAAUGAGGUACCGAGUUGUGUUGUUCUGCAUGCUGAUUUAUGUAACAUGAUUGUUUUUUGAAUAAGAUAAUAAAUGAUGAUCAGUU